CUUGAGAAGGAGAUUCUGCAAAUAUAUUAUGGGUAUUGUAUUAUUUCAGCGACCCUGUUGUGUGUAUAUGUAUACAUAUAUUUUAAGGAUUUUGUUGUUUCGUCCUACCUUGGUAUUGUCCCGAGUUGUUUUUACUGUUCUAGAGAGUGCUGUGCCGCAUAAUUUUUACUUCCUGUGUCUGUGACGUUAAUGUGGGCGUGUUCUGAUGUUGUAUUAUGAGGUCGAACAUGUUACGUUGGUUAUUACUUUCUUUUGUAUGUUUUUGUUCUUCUGUCAAUUUACUGAACUUAUUAAAGCAAUAUAUAUGGAAGUACUUUUUUUUUAUAUUCAUGAUACCUCCAUUUUUGGCUUUCUCAAUCAUUUCCAUGAUUACUGUCAUUGGUCCGUACUGAUGGUGUUUAUUUAGUAUGUGUUGGGCAAAUGCUGAUUCGUCUUUGUUUAGUCUUAGCCUGGUCGUCCACUGGAACCGUAUCUUCCGUGGCCCGUAUACGGCCGACCAGGUCGUCCGAUUUAAAACCUCGUCCACUGCAGCCGAAUUACAUCCGACACAGUGCCGCUCCGUCAGUGUGGCCUUGUAUCGCCAGUGAACCGCGUGUUUGUUGUUACAAAAUGGAUGAUGAUCUGUAUUUCCUGGAAAAUCCAUAUCUCGUGAGGCGAAGAAUGCAGCGAAAGCGAAGGAAGUACUGGGUCAGUCCCAUAUUAAUCAAAAGAAGAAUUCUGGGAGAAUUCCAUCACCUACAUGAGGAGUUGAAGAGAAACGGGGAAAAAUUUUGCGACUACUAUAGGAUGAACAUGGAGACAUUUCAGUAUACUUUAAUGGCUAUUCAGCCCUCAAUAACGAAAUGGUCGAAUUUCAGAGAAGUUAUACCACCUGAGGAGCGUUUGGCUUUAACAUUAAGGUACUUGGCAACUGGUUGCUCAUUCAAGACACUAGGAUAUUCAUUUAGAAUCUCUGACGUGACCGUUGGCAGAAUAGUUAAGGAAACAUGCGAAGCAAUUUGGGAUAAUUUGCACGUGUUACACAUUCCUUUCCCCAAAGAAGACGAAGUGGAGCCUAUAGUACAAGGGUUUUGGAAUAAAUGGAAAUUCCCGAAUUGUGUGGGCUGCAUAGAUGGCAAGCAUGUGAGGAUAAAGAAUCCACGGCAUUCGGGUAGUAUGUUCAGAAAUUAUAAGCAGUUUUUUUCAAUCGUCUUACAAGCUGUAGCUGGUCCGGACUACAGAUUUCUAGCUAUUCACGUCGGGGCUUACGGCAAGGAGAGCGACGGUGGUGUUUUUUCGCAUUCCAGCCUUUCCCAGAAACUUGAACAAGGAGCCCUGGGUGUUGGACGUCUCUCAGCUCUUCCAGGAACAAACAUUAAGGUACCUUACGUUCUCUUAGGCGACGAGGGCUAUCCACUAAAAACCUACUUGAUGAGGCCAUUCCCGAUGUCAAAACUUGGACAAUCACAAACAAUUUUUAAUAAGCGCCUUUCGAAAGCUCGGCAAGUGGUAGAAUGUGCAUUUGGAAUAAUGAGCAGUAAAUGGAGACUGCUGCAAACAAGUAUUGAAAUUGAAGAGCCUGGAGAUGUUGACAACAUUGUCAAAUGCAUAUGCUUGUUGCACAACAUCAUAAUUGAAAAAGAAGGAGAAGAGCCAGUAGCUUCAUUCACUUGUCAGCAAACACAGUCGAGGAAUAGAUAUUCUUCUCUCGGCGAGAAUCGUAGUGUCAAUGCUGCUUAUUCCAUUCGAGAACAAUUUAUGACAUUCUUUUGCGCAGAAGAAGUGAACGACUGAAAGUAUUUCCAACAACUUAGUAGCUUAGGUACAGUAUAUUUCAGGGUUGCUUGUACUUUGUUAUUGUAAAAUUGUGUUGUAAUAAGUGAUAUCGAACACAAUUUUUAUUUCACUUACCUUCAA